ACGGCGAUUGCGCAUGCGCCACCGGGAGCUCCACGUGAAGCGGACAGCAUGGCUGUAAAUAUGGAAAAUAAAGACGUUGUAUUAGAUCGGGCCCAGGUGAAAAAGGCAGUUCAGGCGUUACAAGCUUUCCUCAAAACCAAGUCGACUAAAGAUUCCCUGCUACUGGAUGAAACCCAACAGAUCAGCCUGCUCUUCACUCUGUGGAAGAUUCCCAAAACUGCUCAGACUAUCCGCAUCCCCUUGCCCCACGGGCAGAGGUCCGACACAGAUGAAGUGUGCCUUUUCACUCGAGAUGAGCCCAACAUGACCCCAGACCAGACCCAGAGGUUCUACAAGAAGCUGCUGGAGCAGAGAGGGGUCACCUGCAUCUCUGAGGUCAUCCCGUUCAAGACACUAAAGAAGGAGUACAAGCCUUAUGAGGCCAAACGCCGCCUUCUGGGAAACUUCGACCUGUUUCUGUCUGACGACCGCAUUCGCCGUCUGCUGCCAUCCCACAUUGGAAAACACUUCUAUGAGAGGAAAAAAGAACCUUUGUGUGUGGACUUACAGAGCAAGAACCUGGCCAGAGACGUCCAGAGGCUAGUCCAAGGAACAACUUUGAAAGUCACCAACAAAGGCAGCUGCUGCAUGGCUCGUGUGGCACACUCCGGUAUGACGGCAGAUGAGGUGACAGAAAACAUCGAGGCCACAGUCCUAACAGUAAUGGAAAAAAUGCGAACGAAAGGACCAAUGAUCAAAAUCAUCCAUUUGAAGAGCCAGAAUUCUGUGGCACUGCCCAUUUACACCUCAGACCUGAGUCAUCUUACUUUGAUCGAAGAAAUGAAAAAAAAGACUAAGAGAGGACAAAAAGAGAAAGCUGCGAAGAAAAACAAGGAGACCGAAGAUAAACAAGCUGAUACAGAGGAGCCAAACAACGAGAAAAAUAAAGCAGUGCCUCGAGACGACGGCAAAGAGGAGGAAGAUGAGGAGGAGGAAAUCCCGCAGCUGGUUCCCAUGGAAACCCCAACCAAAAAGCCUAAACUGGAGAAAACUGUUAAAAAGAAAACAUUGAAGAAGGCCCCCAAGCCUCCUGUAGCACCAAAAACUAAAACUGCUAACAGACUCGGCAAGAAGAGCGAUGCCACGGUGAAGAGGAAAGUGCCCAAGGUGAAGUGAUGUCUAUACAAAACAGGAACUUUAUAAUAGGCUUUGAAUACAUAAUUAUAUUAGAAUGGUUUGAAAGCUCUGGAAGUUCAUCAGUGAUUCAAAUCUGUUGUUAUAAUCUGCUCUAUAUUAUUGUAAUAAAAAUAACAUCUGUACUAC